CUUUCCUCCACUCGGUGUCGCUAGCUAAGCGGCUAGCCAGGCUCCAAGCUAACCGACACUAGUCAAUAGAGCUCCGGGCCGGCUAAUGGAAAUGCGCCCGGAGGUCCGACAGUUCCAGCAGCCCUCUUCACAAGAAGUGGGAUUUUUAAUAAAUUUCCACGAGAGGAAAACGUUUUUUGGGGCGCUAUGAACCGGACUACAGGGUAUGUUGUUCGAGAAAGAUUCGCGGGACACUUAGCCAUCGUAUGCUAACUGGCUUAGCUGUGUUAGCCUCCCUAGCCGGCUUGGUAAAUAUUCCGCCCCCGCAUCAGGACUUAUUUUCUCCCUUUUAAUAAUCGAACGUCAACGAGAGGAGAGUGAAAUGGACUGGUUUAUAUCGAACUCCACGCUAGAACGCUAAAGUUUCGUGUGGGUUCGCUAACAACGGCAGCAUUGUCUUCUCCCUCCUCCUAUUCCUCAUGUUCGAAAUGGAGACCCACGUUUCGUGCCUUUUCCCGGAGAUACUGGCCAUUAUCUUCAGCUACCUGGACGUGAAGGACAAAGGGCGGGUGGCCCAGGUGUGCAUGGCGUGGAGGGACGCGUCCUACCACAAGUCGGUGUGGCGGGGGGUGGAAGCCAAGUUACAUCUACGCCGGGCCAACCCGUCCCUCUUCCCCAGCCUACAGACCCGCGGAAUCAAGAAGGUCCAAAUCUUGAGCUUGAGACGCAGCCUGAGCUACGUGAUCCAGGGCAUGCCCCACAUCGAGAACCUGAACCUGUGCGGUUGCUUCAAUCUGACCGACAACGGUUUGGGCCACGCCUUCGUGCAGGACAUCCCGUCACUGCGGGUGCUCAACUUGAGUUUGUGCAAGCAGAUCAGCGACGCCAGUCUUGGCCGCAUCGCCAGGCACCUGAAGAACCUGGAGGUCCUGGAGCUAGGCGGCUGCAGCAACAUCACCAACGCAGGGCUCCUCCUGGUGGCCUGGGGCCUGCACCGUCUCAAGAGCCUCAACCUUCGCAGCUGCCGGCACGUGUCGGACGUAGGCAUCGGGCACCUGGCGGGCAUGACGCACAGUACCGCUAAGGGCUGCCUGGCGCUGGAGAAGCUCACGCUUCAGGACUGCCAGAAGCUCACCGACCUGUCUCUCAAGCACGUGGCCAAAGGUCUCGGCGGCCUCAAGGUGCUGAAUCUCAGCUUCUGCGGCGGCAUCUCGGACGCCGGCAUGAUCCACGUGUCUCGCAUGAGCCGGCUGGGCAGCCUCAACCUGCGCUCCUGCGACAACAUCAGCGACACGGGUGUCAUGCACCUGGCCAUGGGCUCGCUGCGACUCUCCGGCCUGGACGUGUCCUUCUGCGAUAAAAUCGGCGACCAGAGCUUGGCUUACGUGGCGCAGGGCCUCUACCGCCUCAAGUCGCUCUCGCUGUGCUCCUGCCACGUCAGCGACGACGGGAUCAACCGCAUGGUGAGGCAGAUGCACGAGCUCAAGACACUCAACAUAGGGCAGUGCGUGCGCAUCACCGACAAGGGCUUGGAGCUCAUCGCAGACCACUUGACGCAACUGACGGGCAUCGACUUGUACGGCUGUACUAAGAUCACCAAGAGAGGGCUGGAGAGGAUCACGCAGCUGCCUUGCCUUAAAGUGCUCAAUCUGGGUUUGUGGCAGAUGACCGACAGUGACCGCGUCAGGUGAAAAGAAGUCAAAUUGUGUCCAAUCCAGACUGGCAUCACCUUCAGAUCACCUACAAGAAGUGCUAAGGAAAUGGACGUCCAUCCAUUUGAACUGAAAGGGGCCGAGAUUGUUUCAGUGCCAUUGACUGAGAUAGACGUCCAAUUCAUUUUGACUGAGAGGAGCCUUUCCAGUCAAAAUGGAUUCAGCGUCCAUCGCUGUUAGUGAUUUUAAUAUUGGCGCAGGUUAGGGCUGCCACGAUUAAUUAUUUGAUCGUUAAUUAAUCAUUUAGAAAUAGCGUUGGGCUAAAAAUAGUCUCUCUUUCCUUCUUAAAUGAUUUUUAUCACAAUUUAAACACAAAUAUAUUAAUUAAAUUACAUUUUAAAAAAUUACAUUAUUUUAUUAUUUUUUAAUUAAAGAAUGACAUGUUAUCAAUUCUAUGGACAAGGGUGCAACAUUUACCAGUAUUACAUUUCCAGCAAUUCGAAUUCAAGGGCCUUCAUUCAAUUUAAUACGAUAUAUAAUUCUAUAUAAAUAUGUGAAACUGGAGUUUGAAAGUUUUUUUUUUUCAGCAUUGAAAUUCUAGCGCAGAUUUUUUUUUUUUUUAAGAGUAAAAAUUCAGCCGCAAACAAAUCAGUGUUACAAAUUCCCAGCUAUUUUUUUUUCAGCAUAGAAAGUGACAGUGAAAUUUCUCAGCAUUACCAUUGAACUGAAUUUGCAACUACAUUUUUUAUGUCAUUUUUUUUUGCCUAAUUUUUUUUUGCAGCUGAAUUUUGAAAUUCUAACAUUUUUUUUUUUUUUUUUUUUUUUUUUUUUUUCAGCAUCAAU